GGCGGCCGGCGGAACGGUGUCAGGCACGCAGUGGUGCUGGUGGUGGCCGGCGCAGCAGCCUGCAGGCUCCUUGCAGGCUGAGGGCCAAAAGUAUAAGUACACGCCGGGCUGCUGCCGCUGUAGAAGCAGAAAGACAGAAGGCAGAUGGGCUGUUGCGUCUGGCGCUAAUCUCUCUCUAUCGCUAGUCCGUUCGGCUUUGCUCUUCUUUCUGUACACACCCACGCUCCACACACACACCAUGAACCCACUUACACAGCUCUGCCUCUACGUCUCGCUUAUCUGCUGCCUGGCCGGCAGCUGCGCCGCCGCAUACAUCCCUGAGGAAAAGCUGGAAAACCUGCUCAGCUACGCGGUCAGCGGCAACCAGCUCUACAUCAACAUACCGGUCCAGCUGGCUCCGUGGCGGUCCGUGGACGUGAUCCAGUACAACAACCGCCUGAACCUCCACUGGAACACGGGCGCCGGCAGCUCCUUCAUGGAGUGCAAGGACAACACGUGCAAGCCGGCCGCGGUCGGCCAGGACCUCGGCGACGAGACCGACGCCGCCGCCUCCUAUGACGUCUCUCCCCCAGCAGGCGUCUCCUCGCUCAAGUACAUCUCUCCGCAGCUGGUGUCCAGCACCGACGGCGAUUACGACGUCUCCUUCGUCGUCGUCAUCCAGUACGACGACGACUCCCGCAACCAGUACGCCCAGAUCAACGCCCGGUUCGAGUAACCGUGUCCGCCAGCAGCCGCCGGCCGCCUGUCGGUGGCAACAGUCUCCGCAUACCUUUUCGCAUACUACACAUAUAUCCCUAAUCCAAAAAAAAGCCCACCUCUUCUUUCUCUUUCUCUCCCUUUCUAUACGACCAUCCUCUGUAUACACUCUUUUGAUAUCUUUAAUGAACAAAAAACUG